AUGGCCAGCCGUGACCUACCUGAGCUAUCCAUUGCCGAUCUCAUUGAUAAUGGUAACUGGUGGAGGAAUAGAGGGUUAUUAUUUUUGAACAUCGCGCUCAUUAUCCCCCUCUUGACGUCCGUGGUGAAUGGCUUGGAUUCAUCUUUGGUCAACGGUCUGCAAAUCUUACCGGCAUGGACUGAGUACUUCAACGAUCCCAAGGGUGUGCUAUUGGGCAUUGUCGGGUCUUCACAGUUCCUUGGCAACUUAUUCGGCCUUCCGCUCUCUCCUUUCAUCUCCGACUGGUUCGGUCGUCGUGCAGCACUGUUCGGAGGUAGCAUUAUCAUGCUUGCAGGGGUGGCCAUUCAGGCAACGUCGACCAGCAUCGGGAUGUUCAUUGCCUCACGAGUGAUCAUUGGUUUCGGUCUCUCGUUUUGCACAAACGCCGCCCCGUUGCUAUUGAUCGAGCUGGCAUAUCCAACACACCGCGGAAAAGUCACUGCCUUGUAUAAUUCUUGUUGGUAUUUUGGCAGUAUUCUGUCCGCAUGGGUGUGCUUUGGUGCAUUCGAGCAUGCGGAGGAAAGCCAAUGGUCCUGGCGGAUCCCUAGUAUUAUGCAAGCCCUGUUCCCCGUCGUCCAAGUCCUCGCGAUGUGGUUUAUUCCUGAAAGUCCACGUUGGUUGGUCUCGAAAGGACGAGAAUCUAGAGCCGCCCAAAUCCUCGCCAAAUAUCAUGCCAACGGGGGAGAUGAACGCGACCCUCUUGUCGUCUUCGAAAUGGCCCAGAUUCGUCACGCCUUGCGCCUGGAAGAGAAGAUCAACAAGACAACGUCCUACCUGUCACUUUUCCAGACCCCAGGAAACAGGCGGCGUAUGCGACUGAUCCUCGGGAUAGGCGUGUUCUCGCAAUGGAGCUCCCAGGUGUUCAAUUUCUUCAUCGCCCUCGGUGCCGCGAUGCUCAUCGAUUGGUGCGGUCGACGUACACUUUUCAUUAUCUCCAACGCUGGCAUGCUAGUCGCCUUUGGAGCUUGGACAAUCACUGUGGCACUCUUUACGGAGAAAGACCUCGUCAAUGCCGCCAAAGCCACAAUACCACUGAUAUUCUUAUACUACUUCUUCUACGAUCUCGCCUACACUCCUUUACUCGUUUCUUAUAGUUUGGAAAUCCUUCCCUUUAGAAUCCGUGCAAAAGGGUUCGCUUUCAUGAAUAUCACCAUCAUGGCAACAAUCGCCUUCAACCUCUUCAUCAACCCAAUUGCCCUCAAUGCUAUCGGCUGGUGGUACUACCUCGUGUACUGCGGUUGGCUAAUUAUCGAACUCGCUUUCGUCCUCGCAUUCAUAGUCGAAACAAGAGGCCGAACGCUCGAAGAAACAGCCGCCAUGUUCGACGGAGAUGAGCAGUCCUACGACCUCAUAAUGACCGCCGGUACAGCUGCAAAAACCUCAGAGCGCUCAAGGAUUCGCCGCGACUUCGAACAACCAAUGCCCUUUCGAAGAAAACACAGCUACAGGCCCAGCACGGGAGAAUCCGCUCAGAUAUUUGAGCUGGACUCCAAAAGGCGGUCAGAUAGCACAGGAUCGAUGACACGGAAUGAAAAGGAUAGGCCUUUCGUCGCACUGUAA